GUUGGGUGUGAUCCGCCAACCCAAUCUCAAAGAAGAGGAAGUAAGCAGAUGAGCGUGCCGAAAGUUAUUGUAAAACAAGAGGAAUGACAGUUGACGUGAAAUUAAUCAUGUAAUAAGGUUAGUUUUUGUUCACGUUGAGACAACAAAAACAAGAAAUCUUUUGCGUAUAUGCUGCUGUUAACGUUAGCAGCAAAUCAACGUCACAUGAAGGCGAUCUAGCUGGCUAGUUAACGUAGCUAGCUAAUGUUAGCCAAUAAAUAAAUGCUAUGGUGGGUUCACUUCACGAAAUAGUUGUUUGUAGACAUUAUGUACGACUAGGUAGUUAUUUCAUGACAACUAUGGACCCGAGGCACAAAGAAAUACUCAGGAAAAACCGACUGGACCUGUCCAAUCAAAUUUUAAUUGAUGACACCAUAGUUCAAUUCCUGUACCAGGAGAACAUUUUAACAGAGAGCCAGGUGGACGAGAUUCAGUCCCAAAUAAGCAACAAGAAGAAGACGUUGAGACUGCUGGAUAUCCUUCCCACCCGAGGUCCGCGGGCAUUUGGUACAUUUCUGAAUUCCCUGGAGGAAGAGUUUACUUGGGUGAGAGACGAGCUACUCCAGAACUUGGAGCAACCCAAUGUACCUGGGCAAAGUCCAACAGAUGAGUGGAACAUUCCAGAGGUGACGCUCCAAGCAGUCCCGUCCGACAGACAGUUGUCCCGGCUGGCAUCCCGUCUCAGUUCGGAGUGGGAGUCGGUUCUCCUUGACCUGGGCCUCUCCAUGGGGGCGCUGUAUCGUUGCCGUGCCGACCACCCUCUGAGCUUGCACGGGCAGGUGUUAGCAGGGCUGAUCCAGUGGAGGCAGAGCCAGGGGAGGAGCGCUACAGUCCGCAGGCUGCUCCAGAGCCUGCAGUCCACUGACGUCCACCCCUCUACCCUGGAUGAGGUGUUCCAGUGAGGGGGGAGGACACUAUGUAUCAUGGAUGAAAUCCUAAUUGGAUGACAGCCAUUAGCUCAGCCAGACCAGGGUUUCUGAUAGGGAAAUGUGGCGCUGGACGUGUGACCAGCAACUUUUUUUUUACCAGACAUUUGAGAUCCGCCGGACCCAUGUGCAUUGGAUGCAUAACCUGGGUAGGGUGUCCACCCACAGUGCUCAGAAUGACAGAAAUCACAUUUAGAUUAUGGUAAUUAAUAUUAACAGAACAUGCAAGUCGAGGAUACAACAAUGAAGAUAAUAACUGUCCACAUUUGGUUUUCCUCAGCCAACAAGACAACUAACAGCAACAUCACUAGCCUGUCAAUCUACUAUCCCCCAUAGUAGAAUAGUUCAUCUAUUCUAUUGGUCAGUUUAUUGAGAAAGUCUAUUCCAAACCGAAUCUGGGACAGUUGUGAGAUGGAGCCCAAAAUCAUACAACCAGUAGGCUUAGGCUACAUAAAAAAAACAAUGUUAAAAGCAAUGAGAGUGACGCAACAGAACAGAAAGUUUAGCUUAUAAUGCUGGGGAACUAUUAUUUCUUCACGUUUAUAAGCUCAGCAAUGCCCACAAGGCAGUAGGCUACUCAUGAACGUUCCUUCCAUAAUGCAAGUAGCGGGAAAACACCGUUGUCAAAAGGGCACCACACACUUAAGCGGUUUCAUGCGACAGAGAUGAAAAUGUCCAUUAGAAAUGUAGAAAAAGAUCUAAUAGGCUACUUUGAAGAAAGGUAAGACGUGCAUAGCGCCUCCAGCUCAUUGCCAAGUGGUGUGACGUGGCAGCAGCUCAAAGGCUCUAUCUAUAUGCUGUACGGGUGUGAUAAAUAAGAUGCAUAACAAAUAUACUGUAGCCUACACAUUUUGCCAACUUAAUUCCACUAAAUUAUGCAAAAUGACCUAGAGAACGAUAAAUAUGACCAGUCAAAUGUAUUUCCAACUGGUAUUUCCAUCAAAUGAAGAGGCUAAAAAGCAUUAUUUCGCAAUGGGAUUUUUUCUAUUUUCCAGGACAAUUGACCAGGGCAAUUUUAUUUCAGCUUUUCAACAACAAAAAAUGUAUAGGCCAAAAGCCAGCUAUUACCGGCUAACAGAAACCCUGAGCGAGAUGUCGGCAGGUACCCUAGUGGUUAGAGCGUUGGACUAGUAACCGAAAGGUUGCAAGAUCGAAUCCUUGAGCUGACAAGGUAAAAAUCUGUCGUUCUGCCCCCUGAACAAGGCAGUUAACCCACUGUUCCUACGCCGUCAUUGAAAAUAAGAAUUUGUUCUUAACUGACUUGCCUAGUUAAAUAAAGGUAAAAUAUAUUAAAAAAAAUGGCCUGGCACUGUGUGUGUGUUGUAGUAGUAGGGAAAUGUAAGAUUAAUAAAGUUAAUAUUCAGUUUAGAGUAAUUCAAUGCUUAGCAUAAUUGUUUUUCUCUUUUCUGUAAUACACAUGAUUUCCAGUGUUUUAUUUGGGGGAAACUCUUGUGUACUGUUUGACUGUCACUAGACUUGAUAGGAGAAUAAUCACUAACAUUCCGUAUCUGUUGAUGGUGAUUGACGCCAGGCUGGAGGUACAAGGACAGAGGACACUGAUUUGUUAUUGUAAGAUUAGAAUAAGCCGAUUUUGAAAACAUGCAGGCCUACACACAAACACAUACUCCUAAAGACGGGCCUUUUCUCAGUCACUCAGACCCUGAAAAGUAAACAAACACGAUGGCGUUGCGUCAUUCACUCUGUGGAAAACAAAUCCAUUGAUAGUAUUUUUAAAUGGACAUGGAAUUGCAUAACGUCUAGUGUUAUUUUCACAACAUAUUGUUGCAACAUUACGUCACAAUGAAUCAGGGACAUUUUAUGGACAGCAACAACGGUUAGCCACCACUGCACUCAGUUUUUAUAAAAUGGAAAUGCCUCAAGGUCAAGGCUGCAUGCCCAACAAGCGCACUCCAGGAUUUUUACCACGUGUUUUUUUGAAAGUGGAGCUGGAAUUGGAGUUUGUACAUGAACUAUAUCCUUGUACUUUUUGCGUAUGAUUUGCCUUGAAAAAGCAUCCUAUAUUUGUCCAGCUUUCUAAGAUGGAACUGGAAUGGGAUUUGUUUUCCUCUUCAAAUGGCAUACUAUGAUUGAACAUUUUUCUGUGACUGCCUCCUAUUUUCUGUAGUGCUUUAUUGGUCUUGAUGUCAUGUUGAGAUUUCUUUAAUGUAGGGCCAUGUCACAAGAUGUUUCAUUUGCAAAUGUUUAGUUGUAAAAACAAAGACCAUACUCUGUUUCAUCUGCAUGUGUCUUGCUGUUCAUGACCGCAAGGUUAAUGCCAAACAAAUUCUGUAACUAGUCUUAAGUAAAUGAGAGAACAUUUUAAAGCACCCGUUCUUCUCUGACUUGCACGACGUGUGAGUUCUGUCUGUGCCUCGGCCAAUGCUAGUAUAAUUCUUUAAUAGGAUCAUUUAUGAUAGGCUUAAGGUAAUUCAUAGCACAGUCAUAUACACAAAUGAUUGUCUGUUACAUUUGAUGUUUUUUUCUGAAUGAAAUGCCACCGUGUUCCUGGGAAAGCUUUGAAGUGCAACUCAAGUGCCGUCUUGGACUAGGGGACUCGCAUACGUACACUUGCACACCUCGCUGCAGGGAGUUUUCACAUCUGUUUUUGUGCUAGCCUAGUUUCCCUGGCUCUGUUUCUGGCCCAGAAACACUGAGCCAGGGAAACUAGGCUAGCACAGGUAGGCAGCAGUGAAAUUAAUCAAACGUGAUGUAAAUAGUCACAGAGUACAAAACACUAGUCACUGAGCAAGGCUAGAGGGGGAGAGGAAAGACUACCUGCCUUUGUAUUUAUUAGCCACCAGACGGAAGACAAGACUGAAAUUGGGAGGGACUACCUGCCCUGAACUUGUCCAAUAAUAAACACUUGGUUUUGGCUGUGCCCUAAUGAUUACGACCCAG